UGAGCGUUUUUACCGCCAUGAUGGAUCCCAGAAUAUGGGAUCACAAGAAGAAAAUUUGUCAAAGUCAGUCUUGAAAGACGACCUGACAGGACAUAAUGUUCAAAAUGCUUUAAAUCGAUUUCCCUAGAGUUGAUUUCAAAAUUUUCUUAAACCUGCACGCUUUGUGCAGUGUUUCAAAUUUUUAAAUUUGAGCGCCGCUUUGGGAACUUAGGAGCGCGUCAAGAUGAGUAAAUUGUCGUUCAGAGCUCGGCAGCUGGAUUCUAACAAACCUCUUCCGGUGUAUCGGGCGGAGGAACUACCUGAUUUGACGGAAUUCAGCACCAUAAACCGUGCCGUGCCUCAAAUGCCCACUGGAAUGGAGAAAGAAGAAGAAACUGAACACCAUCUUCAGAGAGCAAUUUCAGCACAGCAGGUUUAUGGUGAUACUCAGCAGCUAGUGAUUCCAACCCCGGACACAGAGGAAAUCAAAGAUAGAGUUGUUGAAUUUCUGUACCAUGACCCCUUCAAACAGCCAAAACAAUACAUCCAUGUCCAAGCUUUCAAUUUUGAAGAGGAACUGCCCGAGUAUGAUAUGGAUUCUGAAGAUGAGGAGUGGUUGAGGAACUUCAAUAAAAAGAAGGAGCUGCUAACACCAUUUAGAUUUGAACAAUUUCUCGACCAGCUGGAGAGGAAUUCAGGAAACCAGGCGGUGUCUUUGAAUGAAGCCAAGUCAUUGUUGAAAGAAGGGGGUGACAUAAUAAAGCCACUCUAUGAGUACUGGAUCAAUAAACGGAAGAAGCUGAAGGAUCUGGUGAUAUCACUGACCCCACAGCUUAAAGGAGAAAAGAGGGAUGGUUCAUCUGCUAGUGAUCCAUAUGUUGCAUUUAGAAGAAGAACUGAAAAGAUGCAAACAAGAAAGAAUCGCAAGAAUGAUGAAGCGUCAUACGAGAAAAUGCUGAAGCUUCGCAGAGACUUGAAUAGAGCUUGCACAAUAUUGGAUAUGGUGAAGAGGAGAGAGCAGUCAAAAAAGGAACAUCUGCAGCUUACUAUUCAAGUAUUUGAGAAAAGAUAUGCUGCUGGAGAUUUUGCAGGCCAGAUCCUUCAACAGUGCAUGGAUAUGAUCAGAUAUCAACCUCCAGCCACCAAUCUCACUGUGCCAACUUCUGCAGGUUAUGGUGAGAAUGUAACACCAGGGUCAGGCACCGGAGGGGAGAGGGAACAUGAAUUGUGGAGAAGAGGAGCACAGGAAAGGGCACGAGCAGGCAAGAAUGACUACCUCAAUGAAUUAGGUAUCAAGAGACCUAAACUUAGUCAUCCAGCCAAGGCUCCCCACGUUCAACCAUCUGGAGAUCAGAUGUUCAGCGAUGAUGAGGAACCAAUUCACAUCUCUCCACCUCCAGUGGAUAUUCCAUCAGAACCUGAAGACGAUGAAGAAGAUCCUGAUGGUAGAUUCGCAUUUAAGAGAAAGCUUGGCGUCAGAUACAUUGCGCCUCGAUUCGAUAUGCCAGAGCCGCUGCCGUGGGUAGAUCCCUCCCAAGGUGGUUUGGGUGAUAAGAGAUUUCGUUUUAGCUGUACAUCAAUAUCAUCGCCGCAGAGAGUCAUUGGAUUUGCGCGGAGGAGAGUGGGUCGAGGUGGAAGGAUUUUUAUGGAUCGAGGCUACAGUCCUUUAUCUGAAGACUUAGAUGAGUUAGACAUGCGUCUGAACGCUUUACCUUCAUCGUCAUUCUCGUUACCCAAUGGUUUGUUUCCAUAUGACCACCUAACAGGCUGGAGGAAACCAUCGCUACCGCACUUCAGACCCAAAUCGCCGCCUGCACAAGUAUCCCUGUCGUCAUUUUCGUCUUCAUCGUUGUCGGAAUCUAUGCCUUCUAAUAAACAAAGUGGAGAACCAAGACCUCGUGUUUACAGAAGCUUUUCUACACAACAGCGGUCGAAAUUUUCUCUUAACCCCACCCCGACAAACGGGGUGGUAGGACCAAACUUUACGCAUUCCACUCUGAACCGCAGCUCGCUACUAAAUGGACCUUUAUCAAAUCAAGGUGGCUACACUACGGCGACGUUGCUUAGUAAAAACGCCGCGUACUCAACAGCGCCCGUGAAGGCGGUUUAUGCAUUGAACUUUCCGGUCAAUUCAAGCCACGCACUGUCGAACAAUUUGGUGCGGGGAAGCGCGCCAUUUUCACCCACUUCUCAUAACUCUUCGCCAUCUACCGGUGCAGCGUCGAGGGCGAACGCUGCUGAAAGCUCUGGCGUGGAACAAAUGGAUUUAGAUGUAAAUCGAGCUGAUGGUCUGCUGGAAGGAUUAGGGACCUCAGUCAACAGUUUACCAAACGCAACGUAGUAUUCGUGGUAUAAUCGUAAAUGGAACAGUGCAGCGUACUUUAGUGUAGCUAUUAACCAGGUUUGAGGCCAGGUUGAAGGCGAAGACAACUGGUCUUGUAAUGAGUGUUUUAAAACCUCCAUUCCGUGGUUAUGGGCCGUAGAAGCGUUGAAACUCUGGGGAAUGUCUCGUACAUUGGAAUUUUCGAAGGACAAUUACACGAAAGUGAAAACAGUUAAAUAUUUUAAAACCUUGAUUAAUUUCAAGACCUCUGUGUUGUGAACAGCAAAUCUACUUCAGACACUCGAUCAUUGCAGUCGUUUCUGUACUCAUAGUAUUUACUUUUGGGAAACAAACUCAGUAUAAACCCGACCUACUUCACUGUUCGUUCUCUCUAACUGCAGUCAAUUUUCGCUCGGUACGUCAAGUUAAUCAUUUGGCAUAUUUUCCAUAACCACGCGAAAAGUUUGUUAUAUGUUACAACAACGUUGCCUGAACAGCUAAAUUGUUUUGGACAGGGUAACACUACUUUAAGUUGUUGCUGUGUUUUUGUGUGCAAAAAUGAGUUUGAGGCUUGUUUUGCAUCUUGCUAAAAUUUGUAUAUUGAGGUUCACUUUCAGAACGCUUUUUUUUUUGUUAUGGUUUUGUAUGCUAUCACGUUGUUUUGUAGUGUUGCUUUUGAAAGAACUGCACUUUCUUUCCGAGCCAUAGUUAAGGAGAACGUUCAGUUGUAUCCAACAAAAAAUAAGACUAAAACCUCAAGCGUCGAAAAACUAAGUGAAGUUUGAAUGUGGUAAAGAAAGAAAACAUCCUGCUUGUGCUACAGAUAGCCAUGCCUCGUUUCUUUUAAACCUCCUUAAAACAUCGACGGCUUAAAAAAAAAAAAUACUCGAAACUUCAAGCGAAAAGUGGGCGAUUCCUGUGUGGUUGUGUACGGACCCGAUCAGUGUACAAAGUAAAUAAAAUCCGAUCGAUGUUCCCGUAUUUUUUAAAACAUUAUUUAUUACAAAUUAUAGGAAGAUUAUUUGCGUAUCGUCAAUACACUUGACUGUGUUAGCUAGGAUACGAGAAUUUGACAUGUACAGAGCGCGUUGAUGAGCUGUACAGCGCAAUUGGCCACAGGAAGCUAACACUCUGUUCUGCGUACUCAGUACUCAAGCAGUUUGAAUUCAAUUGUCCUUAGAUGAAACAAAGUCCUAUAUUUUAUAAAGCAAUCCGCAAUGUCCAAACCAAUACACUCUUUGUACAAGUGCCACUUUCGUAUUUCCUUCUAAUGUAUUUGUGUACAAUAAAAAUUGCUGACGACCAAACAAAUGUCGGAGUGUUUAUUAGCGGG